AUGGCAAAUAGGCCCGUCUACAUACUCGGCCUCGGGAGUAUCGGGUCAUUCAUUGCCCAAUCUCUCCGCUCUCUUGCCGUCCCGCCGCCCGUGACACUUCUCGUUCACAGACAAAGCCUCUUCAAGGAACUCUCAGCGAAUGACUGGAAACUCGGUCUACGAGUUGGAGAGGCUGGAGAUUUGAAGCAAAGCUCAGGAUUCAAUGCCGAGCUGCUGGGAAAGACAACCUCGGGUACCAGCCCAAUACGCGACUUGAUUGUCGCCGUCAAAGCAUCUGCAACAGUGACCGCUCUCGAGCCCUUCAAGGAUCGAAUUGGACGCGACACUACCAUAUGUCUAUUUCAAAAUGGUCUUGGCCAAAUUGACGAUCUUAAUGAACGCCUUUUCCCCGACCCCUCGACACGGCCAACAUACAUGUGCGGCGUGAUCCGUCAUGGCGUGUACCUGAAAUCAGCCAGCGAGGCUAUAUUAUCUGGUCCGAAUGGGUGCGUUGAUGUCGGCUUUGUAGAGGGGGACAGCGCACGUCACGAUCGUUUCCUUGUCGACACCCUCAUCCGGUCGCCAAUUCUUCGCUGCACUGAAUUGAGAAAGGCCGACCUUAUCAAGGUUCAGCUACUCAAAUUAGCAACGAACUGCGUGCUGAACCCAUUAACAGCGCUUCUGGAUGUCCGCAACGGCGAACUAUUGGAGAACUCUGCGCUCCAGCCACUACAGCGUCAGUUGUUAGAAGAGAUUUCGGCGGUUUUCCAAAAUCUUCCGGAAACAACAAACUUGGACUAUGAUCCUUCGCAAUUCUCGGUUACAUCGUUGGAGACUACGCUUCAUGACACUGUGGAAAAGACAGCGCAUAAUUCGAGCAGCAUGCGCGAGGAUGUUAGGAAGGGGAGGAGUACGGAAAUUGAUAACAUUAAUGGCUGGAUCGUCAAGCGAGGCAAGGAAUUGGGUAUUGAUUGCCCAGUCAAUACUUGUUUGACCCAACUAAUACUGGCAAAGAAUCGAUAA